CAACACCUGAACAUCUUGCAAGCAAGGCACACAGAACUGCAGCCCAAAACCGAGUGGAAAAAUGCGCUUGGAAACGCCGCUCGUCCUCUUGGUCUUAUCGUGCCUGAGUCUGGCCAUGGCACAAGUGUCCUACGACGAUUGCUGCCUGACGUACGUGAAAGACCUCGGCAAAAGGAUUCGGGAGCGCGCGGUCAAGUACAGAAUCCAGGAGACGGACGGAGGCUGCAACAUCCGCGCUGUCAUCUUCACCAUGCGGAAAGGCCGCGUGUACUGCUGUGACCCGCAAGAGACGUGGGUGCAGGAGUUGAUGUCCAGCAUCGACGAGAAGGCUGUCAAACACGUCAAGAAGACCCCCUCUAAGCUGCAGAGAGGUCGUCUGUUAGGCUGAAGCCGCACCCACUUGGAGAAAAGGACACCCACAUUCUUACUUUGACUGACUUUUUUCUUUUUUUGCUUUAACUUGACUUUUUCUCAUGACGCUGCGUUACCCUUAGAUGACAGAACUGUGUUUAUGUGAAAAUGGAAACCAUAAAAUGUGAAUCUUAAUGUGUGCAG